AUACACACACACUCAUUGAGUCAUUCCCCCCCCCCCCCCCCCCGCGCCCCCCACCCCCACUCUCCAGCCCCACAAUUUUCUGUAGACUCACGUUUAUCGUGGAUAUACCCUUCAAGAAGUGUGGUUUUGGGGUUGUGAAAACUUCAAUAAACUCCUCACUUUCCCAUAUUUUUAUUAUUUUCAUUCAUAUCUCUCUUUCAAGAAAAGUUUCCAAAACAAUAUUUGAACAAAAAAAGAUUGAAUCUUUGUAAGCUAAACAGAUUAAUUUUGGUAAAAAGAAUGAAUGGUCUUACACGUACAGAACCAGAGAUUUCUGAAUUUGUUGAAGUUGAUCCAACUGGUAGAUAUGGCAGAUAUAAUGAAAUUCUAGGAAAAGGAGCUUCAAAGACUGUUUAUAGAGCAUUUGAUGAAUAUGAAGGGAUUGAAGUUGCUUGGAACCAAGUGAAGCUUUAUGAUUUCUUACAAAGUCCUGAAGAUCUUGAAAGGCUCUACUGUGAAAUUCAUUUGCUCAAAACUUUGAAGCAUAAAAAUAUCAUGACUUUUUAUACUUCUUGGGUGGAUCCUGCUAAUAGGAACAUCAAUUUUGUUACUGAAAUGUUCACUUCUGGAACUCUUAGACAGUAUAGGCUGAAGCACAAAAGAGUCAAUAUUAGAGCAGUAAAGCGCUGGUGUAGACAGAUCUUGAAUGGACUUCUCUAUCUUCAUAGUCAUGAUCCCCCUGUAAUCCAUAGAGAUCUUAAGUGUGAUAACAUCUUUAUCAAUGGAAACCAAGGGGAAGUGAAAAUUGGAGAUCUUGGGCUUGCUGCUAUUCUGCGAAAGUCGUACGCUGCUCAUUGUGUUGGAACGCCUGAGUUCAUGGCACCAGAAGUUUACGAGGAGGAAUACAAUGAACUAGUUGACAUAUAUUCUUUUGGUAUGUGCAUAUUAGAAAUGGUUACUUUUGAAUACCCAUAUAGUGAGUGCUCCCAUCCUGCUCAGAUUUACAAGAAAGUGAUGUCUGGGAAAAAACCAGACGCAUUGUACCAAGUGAAGGAUCCCGAGAUACGUCAAUUCGUUGAAAAAUGCUUGGCCACCGUGUCUCUAAGACUCUCAGCAAAAGAGCUUCUGGAUGACUCUUUUCUCCGAAUUGACGAUAAUGAAUUAGAUUUACGACAUACAGAGUCCAGGAGAGAACUAGAUUAUAUGAACCCUCUGAUAAGGAAGCCUGCUCUUGGACUAGGUUAUGAAGGAAAAUCUUUUGGUAAUGGCACCUACAAUGAUUAUGGUUUUGAUGAUGUAAAUGAAUGGGCAUCUGAUCCAAAUGAAUACGAGCAAACUGGAAUUGAACUGUUCGAGUAUAACGAUGAUGAACACGAUGAACAUUCAGCAGAUUUGGAUAUAACUAUUAAAGGGAAGAGAAGAGAAGAUGGUAGCAUCUUUUUAAGACUCAGAAUUGCAGACAAAGAAGGCCGUAUCAGGAAUAUCUAUUUCCCAUUUGAUGUUGAAUAUGAUACAGCAUUAACUGUUGCAACCGAAAUGGUAUCUGAAUUGGAUAUAACUGAUCAAGAUGUUACAAAAAUCGCCGAUAUGAUUGAUGGUGAGAUUUCCAAAUUAGAACCCGACUGGAAGCCAGGGCCAGGAAUAGAAGAAACCCCUCGCUUUGCAAAUUCUAGCUUUUGUCACAACUGUUCGUCCAACAAUUCCUCUAUUGGUUCGUUCAUGAAUUUCCUGUCUAAAAAUCCAGCUUCUCAGAAUUUGCAGUUCGCGGAAUGCAAUGGAUGUGCUGCUACACAUGGUCGAUUUGAAGAGGUUACCUAUCAAUCUAACAGUCCUCGGCCUAUUAUUUCAACUUAUUCUGAUGAACCAGCAUCAUCAAGCCAUAUUAAUGGUGUCCAUUACAAUUUGUUCAAAAUGAAUGGUUUCCAUCACACAGAAAUCUGGGAUAGGCAUGAAAGCUUUGAAUGCAGUUCAGUGGGAUCCGAGGAGAGUCAUUCCCUUGAAGAAGGUGAGAAAUUGUAUAAAGAACCUUCAACAGAAGGUCAGAAAGAAGCUGGAUCAAAGAGUGAGCUUACAUCAGGUGCAAAAAGUUUAGGCAGAUCUUUAUCAAAUCCCCGUUCUUUAGGUGAAAUACCUGUAUCAUGCAACGAAGUUUCUGAGUAUGAGCACUUGAUUGAGCAGGAAAUGAGAUGGCUCAAAGCAAACUAUCAGAUAAAACUGAGGGAGCUAAAAGAUCAACACUUGGGACUUCCACCUAAAGCUUCAAAGCCUCCUACAGGUUCCUCUAAGCGGAAAAAGAAGGCGAAGAACAGGACUUCAUGUCUUGAAACUCUACUAAAAUCUGACUGUGGUAAGACCAUUAGUUCAGACUCCAAUGGACUUGUCAAUAAUAGCUGCCCCAUUUCGGUAUCCCAAAGGGCCCGAAAAUGUGAGGCGAUAAAAGGCUCCCCGAAUGUCAGGGACAUGGUUAGUACUGCUAAGAGUUUCUUCACCAGAACACUGCUUCCAAACUCACUUCACAGAACAACAUCCUUACCAGUUGAUGCUGUUGAUAUAUAGUUUGUUGUAAGAAACUUCAUUUUACUUGUUUCUCUCAAGUGUUCAUUACAAUAGUACUAGAGGCUGUAAAAUUGUCUUGUUAUCUAUGAGGUUAGUUUAUGAGGCAUCCCAUUUACCCUUUUUCGAUUUCCCUUGUUAAAUUCCUUCACCCUCCCCCCCUUCCCUUUUCCAUUUGUGGGGUUUGCCUAUAUAGUAAUAUUCUUGAAUAGAAAAAAGAAAAAAAAGUUAUGGAUGAUAGUGAGCUGUGACAGGCAAAUUAUGAGACAAUGUAAUUAUUGAGUCUUUAGAGGGGUUUCUCCAAGUGGGAUAUCCAUUCUUUCUUGAUAUGCACAUGACUUUGAUUCAAA